AAUCCAUCAGAGACCAGACUCCCCACCUGCAACCAGCUCUGUAUCUUUGAGGAGUGAUGAUUCAAAGGAUCACGACAUUUACUUUAAAAAAGGAGAACCCUCUGCUGUUAAAGAAGUUGAUCCAGAAAGCUCAUCUGUUUCCAAUUCCCAGUCUGGCCAGCAGCAUCUACCAGACCGGGACUCUAUAUUUAUGAUAUUGGAAAAGAAAAUGUUUCUUUUUGUGAAGAAUGAGUUGAAGAAGAUGCAGAAUGCUCUGAAUCCAGAUGGCACAGAAACCUCAGAGAGUCAGCGGAAGGAUGAGGAGGUGUUGGACAAUGAAAAUAAGGAGCAGAGGAUGGGCAGCAAAGAGGCAUUUUUGAAAAUCAUAGUGGGUUUUUUGAGUGAAAUGAAGCAGGAGGAGCUGGCUGUCCGUCUGCAGAGCAAGUACCCCAGUCGAAGCUGGGAAUGUAAAAUGAAAUCUAGCCUGAAGGAAAAGUUCCAGUGUGUGUUUGAGGGGAUUGCAAAAAAAGGAAAGGAAAGGCCCCUUCUGAAUCAGAUCUACACAGAGCUCUAGAUCACAGAGGGAGGGACCGGAGAGGUCAACAGUGAGCAUGAGGUCAGACAGAUUGAAACAUUUUCCAGAAAACGUGAAACAACAAUCAGAUGUGAAGACAUCUUUAAAGCCUUACCAAAGGAGAGAGAUAAACCAAUCAGAAUGAUGCUAACAAAGGGAGUGGCUGGCAUUGGAAAAACAUUCCUAACACAAAAAUACACUUUGGAUUGGGUCGAAGACAAAGGCAACCAGGACAUUCAGCUCAUGUUUCCAUUCACAUUCAGAGAGUUUAAUCUUCUGAGAGAUAAAAAAAAUCAGUUUGGUAGAACUUAUUCAUCACUUCUUCACGGAAACCAAAGAAGCAGGAAUCUGUAACUUUAAAAAGUUCAAAGUUGUGUUCAUCUUUGAUGGUCUGGAUGAGUGUCGACCUCCUCUGAACUUCAACAACACUGAGACUGUGACUGAUGUUACAGAGUCCACAUCAGUGGAUGUGCUGCUGACAAACCUCAUCAGGGGAAAGUUGCUUCCCUCUGCUCACAUCUGGAUAACCACACGACCUGCAGCAGCCAAUCAGAUCCCUGCUGAGUGUGUAGACAUGGUUACAGAGGUCAGAGGGUUCACUGACCCACAGAAGAAGGAGUAUUUCAUGAAGAGAUUCAAAGACGAGGAGCAAGCCAACAGCAUAUUUUCACAAGUUAUGACAUCAAAAAGUCUCCACAUCAUGUGUCACAUCCCGAUCUUCUGCUGGAUCACUGCUACAGUUAUGGAGAGUGUGUCAAAAACCAGACAGGAUGGAAGACUACCAAAGACCCUGACUGAGAUGUACAUUCACUUCCUGGUGAUUCAGACAAAAGUGAAGAACAUCAAGUAUGAUGGAAGAGCUGAGACAGAUCCUCACUGGAGUCCAGAGAGCAGGAAGAUGGUUGAGGAAUUGGGAAAACUUGCUUUUGAGCAGCUGCAGAAAGACAACCUGGUUUUCUAUGAAUCAGACCUGACAGAGUGUGGCAUUAAUGUCAGAGAGGCCUCAGACUACUCAGGAGUGUUCACACAGAUUUUUAAAGAAGAAAGAGGGGUCUACCAAGAGAAGAUGUUCUGCUUCAUCCAUUUGACCAUUCAAGAGUUUCUGGCUGCUCUUCAUGUCCAUCUGACAUUCACCAAAUCUGGUAUCAACCUCAUGGAAGAGCAACAAACGGCUUCAAAGCAGACUGAAGAGUCUGCUGCAAUCCACUUCUACCAGAGUGUAAUAGACAAGGCCUUACAGAGUCCAAAUGGACACCUGGAUUUGUUUCUUCGCUUCAUCCUGGGUCUUUCACUGCAGACCAAUCAGAUUCUCCUACAAGGCCUACUGACACCAACAGGAAGCAGCUUGCAGAUCAGUCAGGAAAUAGUCCUAUACAUAAAAAAUAAAGUGAAUGAGAAUUUCCCCGUAGAGAAAAAAAUUCAACUGUUCCACUGUCUGAAUGAACUAAAUGAUGACUCUAUAGUGAAGGAGAUUCAACGUCAUUUGAGUUCAGGUAGACUGUCAAGAUACAAUCUCAGUCCUGCUCAGUGGUCAGCUCUGGUCUUCAUCUUACAUUCUUCACAAAAAAGUUGGGAUGUUAUUGAUCUGAAAACAUACUCAGCUUCAGCUGAAGCGCUCCUGAGACUGCUGCCAGUGGUCAAAAUCUGCAAAAAAGCUCUGCUGAGUGGCUGUAACCUCACACAGAGAAGUUGUGAAGCUCUGUCCUCAGUUCUCAGUGCUACGUCCUCUAGACUGAUAGAGCUGGACAUGAGUAACAACAACUUGCAGGACUCAGGAGUGGAGCUACUGUGUGCAGGACUCGCGAGUCCACAAUGCACACUUCAAACUCUCAGGCUGUCGGGUUGUCAGAUAACAGAGAGGGGCUGUGCUUCACGGGCUUCAGCUCUGAGGUCAAAUCCCUCACACCUGAGAGAGCUGGACCUGAGCUACAAUCAUCCAGGAGACUCAGGAAUAAAGCUGCUGUCUCCUCUAUGGGACGAUCCCUGCUGGAGACUGGACACCCUCAGAAUGGAUCCUCAUGGAGACCAGUGGAUGAAAACAGGUCUAAAGAAAUAUUUCUGUGAGCUGACAGUGGAUCAGAACACAGUCCACAGUAAUCUUAAACUAUCCGACAACAACAGGAAGGUGGUGCACAUGAACGAGGACCAGCUGUAUCCUGAUCAUCCUGACAGAUUUGAUAGUCCUCAGCUGAUGUGUACUAACAGUCUAACUGGUCGUUCUUACUGGGAAGUUGAACACAGUGGAGAGGUUCUUAUUGCAGUGACUUACAAAGGAAUAAAACGGAAAGGAAACAGUGAUGACAACAGGUUUGGAAGGACUGAUGAAUCCUGGUCUCUGUACUGUGACAAUACUGAUUAUUUUGCAGUGCACAAUUACACAUCAACAGCCAUCCGUGUUCCCUGCUCAUCUGCACCUCACAAGGUUGCAGUAUAUGUGGAUUGUGAUGUUGGCACUGUGUCCUUCUACAAGGUCUUUCCAGAAAUGCUGUACCACCUCCACACUUUCAACACCACAUUCACUGAACCCAUUUACCCUGGGUUUAGAGUUAGGUUACGUGACUCCCAUAUCUACAUCUGUCCUGACUCAGAAAACUGAACCUCUGCUGCUACUGUAGAGAGAAUUCUGAUAUUGGUAAAAGAACUUUUUUUAUUUCGUCUUGAUGCAUGCUCAAUUGUCCAGGUAAGAAAAUUUCCAAAAGUUGAUUCUGUUCAUCUGGAUGUAACGUUUUCAGUGGGAGAAACGUUUCGUCACUCAUCCAAGUGACUUCUUCAGUUUCAGCUGACUGCAGGUUUCCCCAAUCUUACGGGAAAUAGUACAGCUUUUUUUUUAAAUUAUUGACAAGUAAAUAAACAAUUGCUGGCACCCAAAAUGCCAGUGGCUAUUCCUGUGCCCAUUGAAAAUCUGCUGUUUCAUAAUUACAUUUGAUAUUACUGGUAUAUAUAUUGGUAUAUUUUUUUUUCCUGAAAGUGUAUGUGUGGUAUAUGUCGACUCUAAUUUUGAACUUCCCUGGAAAUAAAACAUGUUUUCUUUUCCAUAGUGUCAAAUGUGUUGUAAAGACAUGUUGUGAACUUAUGUUUGUCACAUUUAAAGAUUUUCCUGGCACAAGGCUCAGGAAUCAGAGGCGCAGGUCUCCCAGUUGCUAAUUGGAAAAAUAUGACAUGUUAACCAGCUUAAUGCGACUCUGUAGGUCAGAAUGCAACAGUGGGUCAGUGUAGCGUUCAGUGAACUCUCAGUCCAACAUAAAUUUUUAAAAAAGAAAUAAACUACUAUGGCUGAAACUUUUAGCAAGUAUCACAGUACACUGAACACUAGUCUUAGAAGACACUGAGAAUCAGAGAUCUGGUCCCCGCAGAAAAUCUAGAAAAUCUAGAAAAUCUAGAAAAUCUAGAUGUGUUUUCAUUAAUCAGCAGAUUAUCAGUGUGAACAGGAAGUGAGCUGUUCACACUGUGAGCUGUAGACAUGCAGGCAGUUCUCCCACAAAACGCUACGUCCAGAUGAACAGAUUCAACUUUUGGAGAUUUACUUUCCUGGAUGAUUGAGAAUGCAUCAAGACAGGCAGUUCAUAGUAGCACCAAAACACCAAAAAGAUCUACUUCAUUAAAUGAAAAAGUAAGGUAUAAAGAAAAAAGUAGAGUUAACAGAGUGUAGAAUGCACGCCACACACACACUGUGUUAUGCUCAGAGAUGUCACAUUUGUUUAUGGCUCUUUUGUGCAAGAACCCACAGUUUGGUCAGCACCGGUCUCAGCUUUUCCCACAAAGUUCUCUCAUCUCCCACCUCACUAAAAAGGGGGAAACAGACACUGACAACCAGAGACCAGGUCCCCACAGAAAAUCUAGAUGCGUUUUCAUUCAUCAGCAGAUUAUCAGUGUGAAUAGGAAAUGAGCCGUAGACAUGCAGGCAGUUCACAGUAGCACCAAAACAACAAUUGAAGGAUCUGCUUUAUUAAAUAAAAAAGGAAGGUGUAAAGAAAAAAGUUAACAGAGUUAAACAUUUUUUUUUUUUAUCUGACCUCAUUAAAACAUUUGCUGAGUUCAAAAUAAGAAAUUGUAAAUUUUUUGUAAAAUUUCAUCUGCUCAUGAAAACCAGUCUGUCAUACAUACAAUAACACAAUUAAAAUUGUAUGUGUGUGUUUUGAUGAACAAAUUAAAUGGAAGAAUUUGCUUGGAUCUGCUUACCUGUUCAUGUAAAUACGUUCAGGCAGUCAGGAACACGUGAAACGUGCUAAAGGUACAAAACAGGUUUGUAAAUGUUUGAAAGCUAAACAGUGACCUGGAGUAAAGGAGGGCGUCUGAUUCUAAUAAUAAAACAUUAUUUCCUCGAGUUUAUUCUGGUAACCUGAGGAGCAAAGCUUUCCUCCACCAAGCAGAGUUACUUUAAAUGUCUCUCAGCAAGAUUAUGCAAAAACUACUUAGAAUUUCAUGGUGUUAUGUGGAUCAAUAUUUUCUCCCACCUUCUCUAACAUUACCUGAAACAAUGAAUAUAAAAUAGAAAAAGUCCUUAGAAAAGAAAUGUAUGAUGAUUCAGUAAUGCUGCUGUGCACAUCCAUAUAACAGUCUGUAUGAAGCAGUGGGUGAGGCUAUCCUUUAACCUUUAUUUACAUCUAUAUCCUUUUCUAUUUCUGACCUUUAUUACACCCUGUGACUGUUCCACUUGUUAUACACCUGCUAUAACACUUUACCCUGGACGUACAGAUAUAAGCUGAAGGCAUCAAACAUUAAAAAGUUGUAAUAGCAAUUAUUUAAUUCCUUUUUUAUCUUCUUCAUAUUUUUAUUUUGGCUGUUGUCAUGUGUAAAAAUGGUAAUGAGAACAGCAAGCUAAUACAAUAUGGAAAAUGACUCUUGCUUGAUGCUCUCAGUAAAUAUUUUCCUAAGGAAUUUAUGGUUCCAAUUUAUACUUUCAAAACUUACAACAAAAUAAACACCUUAAUGUAAAUUAUAUUAAACAACAAUGACAACAAAAAACAGCACAGUACGCUUCAGGAUGGUCCUAACAUGUGAUUAACAUGUCGAUCUUUAGCCUCCUUCAUAUUCUCAGCCGGAUGCACUCCAUCAUGUCCAGUUUCCAAACACCACAUGGUCAUAAUGUUCAGCUUGAGGUUUCACAAACCAGGCGGUGACAUUACUGACACUAUUAUAUGCAGUCUAUAAAUAAGUUCAGUGUUAGUUCAGUGUUAUCUACAGAGUCCCUUCGAGGUGCAGCCAGUUAACAGUACUUGGUUUUGCAAUUAAGCUUCUUAGAUAAACACGCUUUUUAAUUUUGUUUCUUUUAUUAAACUCCUCUCCAUGUUUGUAUUAACUUGGCCUAAUGCUGACUGAAUAAACUCCAAUUAUCUGA